AAGAUGAAUGCCCUCCAGGUGAUUUCCCUCACUCUGCUGUCCGUUCUGGCAGCCAACGCCCAGGUCAUCUCACCUGGAAGAUGCCCCAAGCCUGAAGUUCAGAAGAACUUUGAUGCUGCCAGGUAUCUGGGUAAGUGGUAUGACAUCCAGAGACUGCCUCAUACUUUCCAGAAGGGUGAGUGCUGCACUGCCACCUACAGCCUGAAGAGCCCUGGAGUUGUUGGAGUCAUGAACCAGGAGCUGCUCUCUGACGGAAGCAUCAGCACCAUCAGCGGCUCUGCAUGGGCUAAAGAUGCCUCUGAGCCUGCCAAGCUGCUUGUCUCCUUCUUUGAGAACUCUCCCCCUGCCCCUUACUGGGUGCUCUCCACCGACUAUGACAACUACUCUCUGGUCUACAGCUGCACUGACCUCGGUGUGCUGCAUGUCGAGUUUGCCUGGAUCAUGAGCAGGCAGCCCACCCUGUCUGAGGAGACCCUAGAGGAUCUGCACAGCACCCUGACCUCCAUCGGAGUCAAAGUUGACAAGCUGCUGACCACCAACCAGGACCCUACUCUCUGCAGCGCCAUGCACCAGUAA